UGUUUGGGUCUUGGUCGGAGCUUUGUUAUUUAGGUAAAAUAAAAACAUUGCUUUGAUAUCAUGCAAGUUCAAAGUAAUUUAGUAAUAAUACAUGGUCAUAUACACGUCGUCGGCUCCGGAUUUCUUACCAUUGCUGCACGGACGCCGGAGAAGCAAGUUGACCAUGGCCAGCCCCGCAAAAGCGCGCAAAGUGGAGGAUUCUGCCGUAGAAGGCUAUCUUCAUAGCGUGUCUCCAGCAAAAAGCUCUAAAAAAAACAGCAAGUAUUUUACUGCUGUGAUACAGAGCGGAAGACACGAAUUUCAUAAAGUUGUUAGUUUUUCGUUGGAGAAAUUAACCGCGUUUUCGCAAGCCUCUAAGAACGGGACGGCAGUGAAGCUGAAGAAUGUUCGCCGCAGCCUCAGUUUCUCCGAUCCAGACGGAUUCGACGUGAUCUGUUCUAAAACAACAAGCCUUGAGGUAGUGACCGUACCGUUCUCCCGGAUAGCACCUUCGGGCAGCAGGAGGAUGGAUGUAGCGGCCGUCAAAGCGCUAGGACCGAGACAAAAUGUAGGCGAGCUGGAAGCUAAGGUCCUGUCCCGUGCUGCACUUAGUAAAAUCGUCUUGGUUAACCGGGAGGAAUGUGAGCUGAAGGAGAUAUGGGUCGCUGACACUACGGGGGAAAUCAAGCUUACCUUGUGGGAUAGCCUAAUAUCCCAGGUCGACGUCUCCAAAUCCUACUGCUUUUCCAACCUGGCAACGAGAGAGAUGCAAGGGGUUAUUCGUUUAACCACAACUCCAUCUACUCGAGUCGUGGAGAUAACCCAACUGGACGUACCUGAUGAGGGCAGGGAUGAUCCCGAUGACGGCGCUGCUUCUACGACUUUGCGCGGUGUGGUCUCCGGGGUUCAAAUCCGAGCCAGACAUCGUUGUCCGAGGUGCCACGGUCUUCAAAAUCAAAUUUCUGCCAACUCCAUUACUCACAGGUGUGAUGCCUGCAACCUGCUGCAGCGGUCAUCGGUCUACGGCUUAACAUACGGAGGAACGAUAGUUCUCACCGCUGACCAGCAGGAACAUUCGCUGACGGUGACCGAUUCCUGCAUCAACGCUUACCUGGCCAGAUACCGCGUCGCCUAUUCAGAAAACGACGUGGAAACCAUUGAGGAGCAUUUCCUUAAUUUGCCAGAGGUAGAAAUCUGCGUUAAUAACGAUUCCUUAAUUACCUCGUUAAUUCAGCCCUUUCACAAAAUCGUGUGGACCAAUCCUUGGUCGCUGCUAACGACGGCAACACAGUGA